UCCGACGAGGUGGUUGUGUAUUUUCGGCUUUGUUUUGCUAUCAAGUUUUGGGUAACUUGAUUUUGCUGACGUUUUGUGCGACACAACGACGAAAACAGCUUCUACAGCUACAGCUCAGGGCACAAACAGUUCAUGUGUUUCUUGUUUUUUAUGAACUAUUCACUCUGUUUAUUAAUUUUAAACAAUUUAUAUUAUCGUCGUCAUAUCAGCAAAAAACAACGAUAUGUGUGAAAAAAACAAAAAUUGAUAUUAAAUUGAUAUUAAAGUGAAUUGAGUUGAGUUGAAUCAAACGCUACAAUAUUAUGAGAAAAAGCGAUACUUGUACGUUAUUAAGCGUCAGUGAAGCGAUACAUUGGAGAGAGUGUGCAUCAUGGCAGCGUACAUAGCCGCAUUGGAUGUGGGCACCACAACUGUGCGGUGCUUCAUAAUAAAAUCAUGUAAUGGAAGUCUUGAUAUACAGGGAUCAGCUUCGGAAUUAGUAACGUUAAUAAAUCCUCAGCCCGGUUAUUUUGAAAUUGAACCGGAAACGCUUUGGCUGCAAAUCGUUAGAGUUAUAAAUGGCGCUGUAAAAGAUGCUCAGUUGAAACCUUCACAGAUUACUUGCUUAACCUUAUCAACCCAACGGUGUACAUUUUUGACAUGGAAUCAUCGUACUAAAGAAUAUUAUCACAAUUUUAUAACAUGGAAGGAUUUACGUUCGGAUACGUUAGUAGAUCAAUGGAAUUCAGGACUUAAGCUGCAAACCAUGAAUAAAAUUUCAUAUGGCCUAUAUCUAAUAACACGUAGUAAAAGAUUUUUAGCUGGUAGUGUGCUAAAAAUGAUGAAUGGUCAGGUCACUUUACGUUUAUUGUAUGAAAUCGAAAAUAAUAUUCGAUUACAACAAGCAUUAAAACAGAAGACUGCACGAGUUGAACUCUUAGAUUCUUGGAUUUUAUAUAAACUGCGAUCGGGAAAUGGUUUAGAUUGCAAUGUUGAGCAUAUAACUGACAUUACUUCAUGUACUGCAACUGGUUUAUUUGAUCCAUUUACACUAAGUUGGUCUUCAAUGAUUAAACUUGUAUUCGGAAUAGAUGGUACUGUCAUUACAAAAUAUCGGCAGGGCACUCUUUUUUAA